ACUUGACCGUGUAAUUCUUGAUUACAUGUCUAGUAGAGGUUUCCAUCAGGUUGGUGAGGCAUUCUCCAAUGCAAUUCAGGCUAAUCAAAAUCGUAAUGCCAUUAAUUCUCCCCAUGAAGCAUUUCUGCGAGUUUGGUGGGGUAAAUUUUAUGAAGCUUACAAAUCUAGGUUCCCUGACGAUGCUGUAUUGACCACUGGUUCCUUUGAUAAGGUCUCACAGACUGUGGAAAACAUUGUGGCUGAUAACAGUUUGCAUCAAUCUUAUGCCUCUGAUCAUACAAAAACAAACAUAUCUAAUGUGAUGUCGUCACCUCUUUUGAUGACAUCCUCUCCUGUGAUGGAAUCCAUUGGUCCUGAUGUUAUGGAUGCUGAAAUUCUAAAUUUGUUGUCAACUUAUGAUACCAAUUUUGCAUCACUAGAUUUGUCUUCUCAAAGAGACAUGACAUUAGGCUUACAGUUUCCUGAGAUAGGUGAAAUGGGUGGCAUGCUUCCGUUUGCAAGAAAUUCUGGCUGUCAAAUGCCAACUGCACCUCCGAAGUGGAAUGCAAGAGAUGACAGACCUGGCAUAGACUUGGGAGGACCUAUGCUAAUGGAACCAAGUAUUCAUGCCCCUGCAAACGCUUUGCCUUCUUCACUGGAACUUUAUGAUUCAGGGAACAACAUAUCUCUCCAACAAGCAUCUCAUCAAGGAUGGCCAUCCGUUAUGUUAGUUGAUACAGAUCAGAGGACCCCAGAGUUUUUACCAACUAGCCAUCAAAAAUUAGCUCCUAUGGGAGGACUUAAGAGAAGAUCUGGAAAGCAACCUGCAGUGCAGGAGAAAAUAAACCAGCUGGGACUGCAGUAUUCAAAUAAGAGUGGCAUAAAGAGGAAAGCUCCAUUGAGUUCUUUGGCAUCCGUUUGCAUAAAAGCUACUGUCUCUGGUGUUGCAAAGAAUAAGACUAUAAGCUGCUAUUCCCAAGGAGAUGAUGGUCUGGUCAUUGCAAGUAGUUCAAUUGAUGCAUCGACGAAAAAAUUUGCUACUCCGCAGAAAGAAAACUCUUUUAAAGAGAUUAGUAACCUUGACACAAAAAUGAGCAAGCUCCUAUGUUGCCACUUCAAUUCAAAAGGAGAGUUGUUGGCUACCGGUGGAGACAACGGGAAGGUUUUGAUUUGGGAGUUAGGAAAUAACAGAACUUGUAGUGUACAAGGGCAUGCUCAUCAAGUCACAGAUGUCUGUUUUAGACCAAACUCAACAGUGUUUGCAUCAUCUUCGUUUGACAGAACUGUGAAGAUAUGGGAUGCAACAAAGCGAAGCAAUCCUUUCCAAAAGCUUGUCGGCCAUGAUGGGCAUGUGAUGUCAAUAGAUUUUCAUCCAACAAAGUUGAGUCUCCUCAGUUCUUGUGAUAGCAAUGACGAGAUUAGACUGUGGGAUGUCAAUAGCGGUGAUUGCAAACUCAAUUUUAAGGGAGGUAUUAGUCAAGUUAGAUUUCAACCUCAACUUGGGGACUUUUUGGCUAGUUAUACUGGAAAUAUUAUAAAUAUUUUUGAUGUAGAGACUAACAAGAUCCAAAAAAAAUUACAAGGACACGUCAAAGACAUCCAUUCAAUCUGCUGGGAGAUGAGUGGGAGCUACCUGGCAUCUGUGAGUGAAGAUAGUGCGCGGAUAUGGUCUGUUAGUGACGGAAAGUGUUUAUAUGAAUUGUACUCUAGUGGAAAUAAGUUCCAGUCAUGCACUUUCCACUUUGGGCACCCUCUAGGGUUGGUGAUUGGUUCUGAUAAGUUGUUGGAGGUGUGGAAUCCUUUCUUGCAGAGGAACAUAACUAGACCAUAUAGUGCACAUUCUGGUAUAAUUACUUCAUUAGUAAAUUCACCUUCGAAAGGAAUCGUAGCUUCAGUGAGUGAUGACCAAUGGAUCAAGAUAUGGGAAUGA